AUUUGUUCGAGCGGUAUCAAGAGAAUUUUUAACUACUGAAAAUUUUUUAUAAUCUCAAAGUAUUGAUUAUUCAACUUUUAAUUAACUACUAAAAAUGGCUGAAUCUCAUAGAUUAUACGUUAAAGGUAAACACUUGUCUUACCAACGUUCAAAGAGAGUCAACAACCCUAACGUUUCGUUGCUCCAAAUAGAAGGUGUUGCUAACCCAGCUGAUGCCAAGUUCUACUUGGGUAAGCGUGUUGCCUAUGUCUACAGAGCCUCUAAGGAAAUCAGAGGAUCCAAGAUCAGAGUCAUCUGGGGUAAGGUUACCAGAACCCACGGAAACAGUGGUGUCGUUAGAGCCAACUUCAAGAAGAACUUGCCACCAAAGACCUUCGGAGCUUCUGUUAGAAUCAUGUUAUAUCCAUCCAACAUCUAAUUCAGUUGACAGUUGUUUCGGCUACUUAUUUAAAGGAAAUUAACGCUUAUAAAUAUAAUUAUCAUAAAGAAGAAAGGUGUGUUUAUAAGUUGUGGAAUCUAUAUAAAUAACUUAAUAAAACGUCUUUAAUGUACCUUUAUUAAGUUGGAUUCCCGCUUGUUGGCCGUUUGGUUUUCUUUUUAUGUAUAUUAAUAAUAACAUCAUUGUAUUAGUGAAG